AAAAACGUACACAAUAGAAGAGCAAAUAAACAGAGAAGAUAAUCUACGUCCACAAAGACAAAACUGUUUGUGUGUGAAAAAGACCGGCCACAGGGAGGUGCCAGAGACAAAGACGAGCACAGGCAAAACCACACGACAAACUCUGUAAACUGUCUGGAGACAUUGGUAAAUUGUUUCAGCCAUGAUAAUCUGAGCAGAUGUGAAUCAUGGACAUAGAAGCACCUGCUGCUGCACCUCUGAACCUCUUAUCACAGAGAUUUAACCACAGAGCUGCUGUGAAGUCUGAAAAAUGUUGAGCUGCAUGUGACAAACCUGCUGCAGCCUAGGAUCAAAACUCAAAUGUUAAGUCCAUUUAUAAGUCAUUUUUAAAAAUGGCUGCAAUCCACACACUUACAUAGGCCAUGAACCUGCAGGAAUGUGAAGAAUGUGGACCCGGUGUCACAAAGGUGGAGCAGGCAGUCACGCCCAAGCUUUCAGGGAGGGUGCAACUGUCAUCGUGGUGUGAUUCAGAGACUUAAGUCCUCUGCUGGGCUCUGGUGGUCAGUGAGAAUGUUAGCACUCACACAGUGCUUGUUUUCAUUCAUUAAAAAUAGACAUAUAUAAUGUUACGGUUUUUAGCUUUUAACCACACACAGAAAAGCUGCUCAUGAAAGUUAGCUAACAGGCUGCAUCUCCACAGACCUGUUUGGAGUGUUAUGGUUUCUGUAAGAGUUCAAUCACUGUUGGACUUUGACAUUUGAAUUGACUUCAGUCUGUUUGACAUUACAGCCACUAAAUACAUAGACUGUAAUGAGAAGAGACAGAAGGACAUCAGCUGAGGCACAGUCAAACCUUUUUAAUUCUUCUUCUUAUUUAUGUUCUUUAUUGCAGUUCGUGAAUAAGGACAUGUUUGCAGAUGGACAGGAAUGAGUUCCUGCUGGUUCCUGCAGCCAAGCCCAGCGAGUGACAGAUAAGAAACAAGGGAGAGCGCAAGAGGGCGAGAGUGAUAAGAGCACAGUGAGAGAGCAGGAAGGCGUGGUUCUGGAUCAGUAGGUAGAACCAGUUUGUGAAGUCAUGGGUGUGAAACUCCGGGCAGGUGUCUUGCUCCAUCACACCUCACUGCUCUCGGGUCUGAAGAGACGAUUAGAAGAAGAAGAAGAUGCCGCUCGAGUCCUCGCUGUCCUCUGGACGCACCUCCGGAUCCAAAUCCAUCCAGGCCGUGGACACCCAGUCAGAUGGGAAGUCCUACGAGCAGCUCAGGCAGGAAUGUCUCCAGCAGGGCGUUCUCUUCGAGGACCAGGACUUUCCUGCCACAGACUCUUCACUCUUCUUCAGCCAGAGUGUCCCGGUCAACAUUGAGUGGAAAAGGCCCACGGAGAUCUGCCAAAACCCGCAGUUCAUUGUGGGAGAUGCCAACAGGACGGACAUUUGUCAGGGACAGCUGGGAGACUGCUGGCUCCUGGCAGCCAUUGCGUCCCUGACCCUGAAGAAAGAUGCACUGGCCCGAGUUGUGCCCCACGACCAGGACUUUGGCAAUAGAUACGCUGGAAUCUUCCAUUUUCAGUUCUGGCAGCACAACCGCUGGCUGGAUGUGGUGGUGGACGACAGAUUGCCGUCAGUGAGGAACGAGCUCAUCAUGCUGCACUCUGCCUCUAAUGACGAGUUCUGGAGCGCCCUCCUAGAGAAAGCCUACGCCAAAAUGCAUGGAAGCUACGAGUCUCUGAAGGGGGGCAGCACCAUGGAGGCCAUGGAGGACUUCACCGGAGGAGUGGGAGAAACGUAUGAAACCAAGAACGCUCCAUCCAACCUCUUCGCCAUCAUGAAGAAAGCUCUUGACCGAGGUUCCAUGAUGGGCUGCUCUAUUGACAUCAGCAGUUCUGCAGAGUCUGAGGCUAAAACCACCACUGGACUGGUGAAGGGACAUGCCUACUCCAUUACUGGUCUGGAAGAGGUGACUUAUAGAGGACAGAAGGUCAAGCUGAUCCGGAUCAGGAACCCCUGGGGUCAAGUGGAGUGGAACGGACCCUGGAGUGACAACGCCAGAGAGUGGAAUUACGUGGACCAAGCUGAGAAGAAACGAAUUCUACAGAAUUCCAUGGAGGACGGGGAAUUCUGGAUGGAGUUUGAGGACUUUAAGACAAACUACGACAAGGUGGAGAUCUGCAACAUGACGCCCGAUGCUCUUACAGACAACACCAAACGUCACUGGGAGGUUAGCCUGUUUGAGGGGAACUGGAUCCGUGGCUCCACUGCUGGAGGCUGCAGGAACUUUAUUGACACCUUCUGGACCAACCCUCAGUUUAAGCUGCUUCUGGAGGACGCUGAUGAUGAUGACGACGACGUCUGUAGCGUUGUCAUCGCUCUGAUGCAGAAGAACCGAAGAAGACUGAGAAAGGAGGGUAUGGACCUGGAGACCAUUGGCUUUGCCGUCUACCAGGCUCCAGACGAUGAGGAUCAUCAAGGUAAAGACUUCUUUCGCUACAAUGCCUCCAAAGCCCGAAGCAGGACCUACAUCAACAUGAGGGAGGUGUCGGAGCGCUUUGCGCUGCCUCCUGGGAAGUACCUGCUGGUUCCCACCACCUUCAAACCCCACCAUGAGGCUGACUUCCUGAUCAGGAUCUUCUCUGAGAAGAAAGCUCCAUCGCUGGAGAUGGGAACCAACGUAGACGCAGAUCUUCCUGAUCCUCCAAUGCCCAGCGCUCCAGAAGAGGAAACAGACGAGGAAAGAGAUCUGAGGAGGCUGUUUGAAAAACUGGCUGGGGAUGACCAGGCCAUUUCUGUGAGAGAACUUCAACAGAUGCUCAACGGUGUCCUCAGCAGACGUAAGGAGAUUAAAUUUGAAGGUCUGAGUCUCAGCACCUGCCACAGCAUCAUCAACCUGAUGGACGUGGACAACACAGGGAUGCUGGAGUUCCAGGAGUUCAAGGUCUUCUGGGAAAAGAUGAAGAAAUGGAUCAUGCUCUUUUUGUCCUUCGACACCGACCGCUCGGGCAAAAUGUCAUCCUACGAGCUUCGCAGCGCCCUCAAAGCUGCAGGGAUGCAACUGAACAACAAGCUGUUACAGUUGGUCGGCCUCCGCUUCGCUGACCAAAACUAUGACAUCGACUUUGACGACUACCUCACCUGCAUCGUCCGUCUAGAGAACAUGUUUCGAGCCUUCCAGGCCAUGGACCAGCAAAACAGAGGUCGGGUCAGGAUGUCCAUGAUGCAGUUCCUGAUGCUGUCAAUGAAUGUGUGAGGAGCAGCGUGCAGCACCAGCAGGAGGAGCCACCGGAAGAACAAAAAACACUUUUUUUUUAAACGUGCAGCAUCCAAAAUGCUCAAGCUGUGAUCAAAACAUCCCAGGUUAUUAAAGUUUGUUAAUCACACAGACGUGUGACGGCUCUUGUCUAUAAACUGACCUUUGGACCAAAGAUUUGUAUUUUCUUCUCUCUGUGUGAAUAAAAAGUUUUCAAAAAAACAUCUGAUUAUUUUAUAAGUGACUAAAUCAAACAUAGAUCCAUUUAAAAAUUUUAGUCUAACCACUAAAUAAA